AUGGCAUUCAGGUUUAUCGCUUUCGCUACCCUUCUCGCCUACGCAAACGCAGGUGUGUUGCCAGCAUCCUCCGUAGCUUACGCCGCUGCUCCAGUUCAACUAGCUUACGCCGCUCCCGUAGCUAAAGCUGUAGUAGCUAAAGCUGAAGACUACGACCCUCAUCCACAAUACAGCUACGGUUACGACAUCCAAGACGCACUUACUGGGGACAGCAAGAGUCAGAGCGAAACCAGAGACGGCGAUGUCGUCCAAGGAAGUUACUCACUUGUUGAACCUGAUGGCUCCAGAAGAACUGUCGACUACACUGCUGACCCAAUCAAUGGAUUCAACGCAGUAGUCCGCAAAGAACCAGCCGCUUUAGCUGUAAAAACCGUCGCUAAAGUAGCUGCUCCAGUAGCUUACCAUGCACCAGCUGCUUAUUCUCAAGCAGUAUCUCCAAUUGCCUAUGCUGCCCACUCAGCGCCGAUUGCCUAUGCUGCCCAUUCAGCUCCAAUUGCUGUUGCUGCUCACUCAGCUCCAAUUGCUUAUGCUUCUCACUCAGCUCCAGUUGCCUAUGCUGCCCAUGCAUCUCCUAUUGCUUACUCAGCCGCUCCAGCUGUAGCUAAAUUAAGCUACUCUUCCCCAGCUAUCUCUUACCAUUUUUAG